AUUUUCAGACUGACAGAACUUGACAUAUCCGGAGGCGUCCAGCAACUACACCUGGACUGUAAAGAUGUGCCAAGUAUUACACAGAUGUGUCCUUCUACUUUCAUUUUUGACACAAGUUUUAUGCAACAAUGGGCCUAUAUUUUCACAACAACCUACACUCAUAAAACGAGAGGAUACCCCAAUAAACUCAACAAUCGGCACUUUGAUGGCAACUGAUGAUGACGGGCCAGAGGAACUGAAAUUUUCAAUACCAGCAGGUCAUGUGACUGAACAGUAUGUAAGACUAGAUAAUGUUCGAGGCUUAAGUACGGAAGGUAGAAAGGCGGACAUUGUACUCAUUAAAGAACUAGACAGGGACUUUACCAAAAAUUCGUAUAUAAAACUGAGAUUUGUUGUGGAAGAUAAUCCGGGAGGAGAGGGCAACAUUAUUGUACAAGAAAUCACUCUAUUUAUAACUGAUGUGAAUGAUGAGUACCCAAUUUUUCGUGAGACCAGAUAUGAGAAAAAUGUUUUAGAAAAUGCUACCAGCGGCUCUUUAGUAGUAACUGUAAAGGCAGAUGACCCUGACACUGGGGAAGAUAUUAAAUACUCUAUGAAGCCUGUUGGUCAAGCCAUAUCUGAUGAUUAUAAAAAUGCAUUUAAAAUAGACCAGAAGUCCGGAAGUAUUACUGUCAAUAACACACUAGAUGCUAACAUACACAAUUACUAUGAGUACACUUUAAUUGCAACUGAUAAUGUUAAAAGAACUGGCCAGUCUGUAUUGCUGAUCAAAGUUGUAGAUGUACAGGACAAGCCACCAUACUUUACCAACCUGCCAUACAGUACCUCCAUAUUUGAAAAUGCUACUGUGAGUACCCAGAUUGUCCAGGUAACAGCUCUGGAUGGGGACAAGGGAGAUUCAAACACAGUCUCAUACAGCUUUGUAGGUGGCCAGACUACAAACUUUGAAAUAGACAGUACCUCGGGUUGGAUAACUGUGAAGUCGACUUUAGAUCGUGAUGCUCCUGAUGUCAGACAAAGUGGAGGGGUUUAUGCCAUCUAUGUUAAG